UUUUGGCGAAUUUUAGGUCAAACACUGAGAUCGAGUGGUUGGUCUGUACGAUUUUGCUAGAUUUCUAUAAUGCUUCGGUAGAUUAUGUUGUAUUUUCGUACUUUGUUAGUGUAAAAUCUAUGAUAGCAGUAUAGGAUUAUGCGUUAUUGUUUGAUUUGUUCUUACCUUUUAGAUUCCACCAUGCACUCAGCGAUUAUUUCAGAAAAGUUCGAUCAUUACUCAAGUGGAGCGCUUUUUAGUUAGUUAGGUAAAGUGCUUAUAGUUUGUUGUUAGGUGGCCUUCUGUUGGAUAUCAGAGUGAGGCACAAGCUAAUUUGUUGUUCUAUAUGAGAUAGAUCAUAGAUGUCACUGUUUUACGUGCUACCAGAAGCCCAGGACUGUAGGUUGUGUAGGCCAUAGGUUCAAUCGAAUUGGAUUUAAAUGGUUCAGAAAAGCUGAGAGCAUGAUCUACGUGUUCGAUAGAUGAUACCACUGGGUGAUCAUGUUGGAAUGCUCACGUUUUGUUUGUUACCAUAAGCACUUCCAUGGAAGCUUUUAGAAUGGUGGACAAGAACGAAGGAUCUGAAGGGCUCAAAUUCAACACAUCACACCUGAUGCAAACAACUGAAGAGGUAGCGAGAGCAUUUAUUGCUGCAGCUUCUGCAGCCACUGUACAGUCAACACGGCCAUCUGUUGUGUACUCUUCCAAAGAUGAGAGUGGCAGCCCAAUGCAGAAACUGCAACAGCAAUUUUCGAAAAUCCUGAAGGGGUUUUCAACGUCACCUGAAGUGUCUGGAUCUUACAAUCCGGAGGUUCUCACAACACAAAAGCGUCAGUGGUCCAGGUUCCAACUAAAGUCGUUGGGUAACAGGUGUAUCAGAGAACCAUCACAUCUUUUUGAGAGCAUUGUGAUUGUUGGGCUUCCUCCUCAGGCAGAUAUCCAUGAGCUAGAAAACAUUGCACUAGGGAGCAAUGAGGAAGAUAUAAAGAAACCGAGAAAUAUAUUCGGCAAUAAUCACCACCAAGUUCAUGCAUUAUCAAAUUUGGAACCUCAGGUUCUUUUUGCAUACCCUCCGGAGAGGCGUCUACCACUCAAGUAUAAGGAUAUCCUCUCAUUCUGCCUUCCUGGAGGUGUACAGGUUAAUGCGGUUGAACGGACCCCCUCAUUCAGUGAGCUGAAUGAAAUCCUCCUAGGGCAGGAACAACUGAAAGAAAGCAACCAGUCUUUUGUGUUUCGUUUACAGGUUGCUGAUGAUUCUACACUAUAUGGAUGCUGCGUGUUAGUUGAAGAGAUUGUGCAAAGACCUUCGAAGCUGGUUUCUAUGCUUACAAGUGAGAAACCUAUCUUUCCACGUCGGAGUCGUUAUGUAAUAACCACACCACGAUGCUAUUGCAUCCUUUCCAGGCUCCCGUUCUUUGAACUGCACUUUGGGGUGCUACAGAGCAUUCUUAUGGAAGAGCGUCUUGAAUGGCUCACCGAUGGGGUUAGCAUGCUUACAUCAUUAUCACCUGAGGAAACAUGUGAGGAUGAAGAUGUCUGUGAAGGAACCAAAGUUUCAACAGAUAAACAGUAUCUUGAUGGUCAUGCAGUAGAUCUGGAAAAAUCCUCCGAAUCAAGUGUGGGAGUUUGUCCAAAGGAGCUGUCAGACACCGACAGCAGUUCUGGAUGUAGAGAUAACCAACUGGACUUAAACUCCAAAGAAGUCCAAGGGGAAUGUGGAGUACAGGAUGAUCUUGUAACAGUAACCGUUCCUCAGUGUGAUACUCUUGAAAGUCCUGACAAUUGUUUAUCAGAACAUACAACUGCCGAUCAAUCUGGAAUUAAGCUUCAUGAACUGGAUUCUGUACCAGUUAUCCUGAAUGAAUCUGUUACCACGAAAAAUUGUGGCGAUUCUUUACAGGAUGAUGUGGAUGAUGAACAGCUUGACAUCUUUGUUAGCGAUACUAUUCUACCUCUCAUGCGCUCUCACCUCUGUGAAGGUUCCGAAUCAUCUCCAAGUUCCCAGGAUUCCCCUUCUGCAGGCAUAAAUUUCAGAAGUGAUACCCAUGAAUCGGAUUCGGAGGAGCCAUCAUCCAUUGGUCAUGGAGACUUAUUUGGCCACAACAAUAUAUUGCAAUGGGCUAAGGCAAAAAACUAUGGAUCUCUGCAAGUUGUUUCUCAGUACUAUCAGCUGCAGUGUCCUGCCAGGGGUUCAUCGCUUAUUUUUCACCCUUUAGAUCACCUUCAUCCUCUAAGGUUUCACCGGCCGGGUGAAACAGUUCUUCAUAUUGCUGGUUCUACUAUUGAUCUCAGGUCAUGCGAUAUGAGUUUAGAGGUGGCAGAGAUGCGCAAUGCGCUAUUUGCCGAGGAGGAAUCGACUGCUUUAUCAACAUGGGCUGUGGCAUCCAUAUGUGGAUGCCUCAGGUUGGAGCAUGUAAUGACACUUUUUGCUGCAGCACUACUGGAGAAACAGAUCGUUAUUGUUUGUUCUAAUUUGGGAAUGCUUUCUGCUUCAGUUUUAUCCAUCAUACCUCUGAUACGCCCAUAUCAGUGGCAGAGUCUACUCAUACCGGUCCUGCCAAAUGACAUGAUGGAUUUUCUUGAUGCACCUGUUCCCUACAUAGUUGGUGUGCAGAACAAGACAUCCGAUGUACAUUCCAGACUAGCAAAUGCCGUUGUUAUUGAUGCCAACAAGAAUCAGAUUAAGUCUACUUCAGUCCCACAACUCCCGCAGCAGAAGGAGUUGCUUUCUGCCUUGCGUCCAUAUCAUUCCAGACUAGUGGGAGAAAGUUUUCUUGCAAGAAAGAGGCCUGUUUAUGAAUGUACAGAUGCCCAGGUGGAAGCUGCCAAAGGUUUCUUGGCAGUGCUUAGAUCCUACCUUGAUUCGCUGUGCUCCAACUUGAGAUCUCACACAAUUACUAAUGUACAAUCCAACAAUGACAAGGUUUCCUUACUUUUAAGAGAAAGCUUCAUCGGUUCUUUCCCGACCCGUGAGAGGCCCUUUAUGAAGCUUUUUGUGGACACGCAAUUGUUCUCAGUACAUACAGACCUAGUUCUCUCCUUUUAUCAGAAGGACUGAGUCUCUCUUAUGAAUUUAACCAUCUUCAGCGAGCUGAUUUGCCAAGUGAUUUUUUUUUGGCAUUACAGCAUUAGACGUCAGACAUCAACCUCAACUGUACAUAUUCAUCUCGAAAAGAUGAGUUGCCUUUUAUUAAAUUGAUAGCUCAAUGAUGGGUUACCAAGCUGUAUUGGUCAUGUACGGUUUCAAAGAAACCAUACUGAACCAGACAUAAAGAGUCCAGUUCAUGGCUAAGUCACCGGCAUGACGCCCGUAAAAAUGAAUAUGGCUGGUUUGGUUGAAACCACCGAUGAACAGUUCCACCAAGCUGCAAGGACAACCCAUAUACUGUUGGAGAAAUGGUAUAUUAUUGAGAUCCAGAUAUGGAUAAUAAGCAAAAAUGGUGUUAUAGCUGUACAUUAAUUUGGCAUGGCUGUUGCACACAGCGUGCCAUUUAAGAUUUUGUAGUUAGCAGUCCCAUAGGAAACCUUCCUGGUCUCUCCCUUCUACAUUGGCUACUAAAAUUUAGCCAGUCUGCGUUGCAAAAUCUCUGGACUGGGAAGUGUUUACUUUUGCAGCUGUUCUGUAAUCUCUAUACGAGGGGGAAACCAGAAAUAUACUGUCAUAUCAAGAGUGAGUUGUUUGAAUCUAGUCCUAUCUCUUUUGUGUUGGCGUCCUGUGUCCAGUACCGUGGAAGUAUUGUGCUGAAAUUCCUGUAACUGGAGGAUAUUGUCAUACUAGUUCAUUUUUGCCGUCUGAUGUGAGGGAGUUAGGGCUAUAUUUUUUGUGACAACAGAAGGGCCAAUCCUACCAGGGGACGUGGCUAUGUUAGAUUCAUUCAAAGCAAUGCAUUUCGAUGGUGUC